AAAAACGUCAUAAUAAUGGAAAUAAUGAUAAUGACGAUAAUGAUAAUAACGUGGAAACAUUAAGAAAGAGAAUAAAGAUUAAUGAUGAUGAUGAUGAUGAUGACGACGAUAAAACUUAUAAAAUUAUUGCUCAUAAAUUAAAUGAUUUAGAAACAAUUAAUAAUUUGUUUUCUGAUGUUAAUAACAAUAAAAUUAAUAAUAAACACGAAGAAUAA